CCAUUCCCUCCAAUUCCUCUCUUCAUUUUCCUAAUCCCUCCUCUUCGGUUUUCCCUCUUAACCUCCACACCUGGCCCAUAUUAGCAGAAGCCUCCGCACGUCCAUGGCAUCUCUAUCUCCGCAAUCGACCUCUGUCCAUCCGGGCCGCAUUCGGGUUCUAAAACAAGGUUCACCACCAGCGUUAGAUCAACAUGCUGGUCCGGUUGUUUACUGGAUGUUCAGAGAUCAACGGCUGAGAGACAACUGGGCUUUGAUUCACGCCGUUGAUCAAGCCAACAAGAAUAACGUACCUGUGGCUGUGGCUUUUAAUCUUUUUGAUCAGUUCUUGGGUGCUAAAGCCAGGCAACUAGGGUUCAUGUUAAAAGGUUUGCGUCAUCUGCAGACAAGUAUUGAAGAAACUUUUCAAAUUCCAUUUUUCUUGUUUCAGGGAGAAGCUGAAGAGGCCAUACCCAAUUUUGUGAAAGAAUGCGGGGCUUCAUUGUUAGUAACCGAUUUUACACCUUUAAGGGAAAUUCGGAGAUGUAAAGAUAAAAUAUGCAAGAGGGUGAGUGAUUCAGUAGCUAUACAUGAAGUUGAUGCACAUAAUGUAGUACCUGUUUGGGUAGCAUCUGAGAAGUUGGAGUACAGUGCAAAGACCUUACGUGGGAAGAUCAAUAAAUUGCUUUCUGGAGUACCUCAUUGAUUUACUGUGUUGCAAUCUCCACAUAGAAAAUGGGCUGCUACUAGACGGUCGAUUGAUUGGGAUAGCGUUAUUGCUGAUGUUUUAAGGAAAGGGGCUGAAGUUCCUGAAAUUGACUGGUGUCAACCUGGAGAAGAUGCAGCAAUGGAAGUAUUGAAGGGAAGUAAUGAUGGGUUUUGACAAAGGUUGAAGGGCUAUCCUAAAGAUAGAAUAACCCUGAAACCCAGAGCACUUUCAUGUCUCUCUCCAUUUCAUUUCGGGCAGAUAUCUGCACAGAGAUGCUUGGAGGCACGUUGUGCAAGGAAACUUUGUCCUGAGGCAAUUGAUGCAUUUUUGGAGGAGUUGAUUGUGUGUAGAGAACUUGCCGAUAACUUUUGCUUCUACCAGCCUCAUUAUGAUUCAUUGAAGGGGGCGUGGGAAUGGGCUCGUAAGACCUUGAAGGACCAUGCCUCUGAUAAACGAGAGCUUAUUUACACAAAAGAGCAAUUUGAGAAGGCACAGACUGCUGAUCCUCUUUGGAAUGCUUCUCAGUUGGAGAUGGUUUACCAUGGGAAGAUGCAUGGUUUCAUGCGGAUGUAUUGGGCAAAAAAGAUUCUUGAGUGGACAAGAGGACCUGAAGAAGCCCUUGCAAUAUCAAUAUAUCUAAAUGACAAGUAUGAAAUAGAUGGGAGGGAUCCAAAUGGAUAUGUUGGUUGCAUGUGGUCAAUAUGUGGUGUUCAUGAUCAGGGGUGGAAAGAGCGACCUAUCUUUGGGAAAGUACGUUAUAUGAACUAUGCAGGGUGCAAGAGGAAAUUUGAUGUUGAUGGAUACAUUUCCCUUGUCAAGAGGAUAGCAGGCCAAUCUAAGAAGAGAAAAGCAGAAACCCUUCUCAGUGAAAAAGCGAAGGAACUCCAUAGUUAAUCAACAAUAUGGAUUUUGAAGCUGCAGUCUAAAGACACUGCACUGUGUUAGAUUCAGUUAAUUUUUGUGUAAUUGAUUUCCAACAUAUCACAAUAUAAAUCCCCUAUG